AUGUUCGUCGACAUAAUAGCUAGAGCAGUCCCGGAUGAUGCUCAAGAAGAGGCAGCUAAAGAGAGAGUGUUAUCAGAUCCGGUGUCAAUCUUACUGCCAUUCCUGUUAGCAUUCGUGUUAGACGCUAUGCUGUACGGAAUAUUGAUUCAGCAAUACUUUUUCUGGUUGUUCCAUUCAGCAUCCAAGGAACGCAGACCGACUAGAGUCGUAGUGUCCGCUACGUGUAUGCUGUCGACAGUCAAAACUCUGUUUACGAAUUACUGGAUGGUCUUGUUGUUCGCUAAAGAUUUCGGUACACAUUGGUCAAAAUUCUUUGACGGGGUAUUCUUAGCUUGGUGUGCAGUUUGGGGAGGACUGAUAUUACCUAUAGCGCAGACAUUCUUCGCUAUAAGGGCAUAUAGGCUGAAUGGAAACACGUUGAUCGUCCCAAUCAUCAUCGUGCCCCUGCUACUGGUAGAAAUGGCAGGUGGUAUUGGAAUCAGAAUUACCGCUUCGCACGAUGUCAUAUCAAGUCAAUCCAAUGGUGCUCGAGAAUUGGAAGCGACUUUUGUUUUUCUCUAUACGAUUGGAGGUGCAGUUACAGAUAUCGCAUUGAUGAUUAUGAUUUGUGUUGGGUUACGUCGAUCAAGGACAGGAUGGUCAAAUACUGAUCGCUUGAUCAAAAAACUUGUAUUAAUCUCCCUAGAGGCCCAGAUUCCUGGUACGCUCAUAAGUGUAGCGACUGCUCUUGAAUACGGUAUCUCUCCUACAUCAUCUUGGAUUGCUGUCUUCGCGAUUAUUCAACCAAAAGUUUACAUAGUAUCGCUGCUUGUACUGCUGAAUACAAGAUCUUCAAUCAAAAGAACGUUGGAAGGUCCUCAAGUUCAUGUCAAUCAAUUUCCAACACCACCAGCAAUACAACAACAAAUUGUAAAUCUGGAUCAGUUUAAUGUGCACGAGAGCAUGCUGUCAGAUCAUUCGGAUGACAUCGCUACUCCUCGCUUUAAUGGUAACGGUCGACUGCAUGUAACCGAUCGAGAGGAUGUAAAAUCAGUAGGAUUCACACCUCAUUUGACGUACAAUCAACCACAGAGAUCGGUUCAGCGACAAUCUGAUGAUGAAAUACAAGAAGACUCGAAAGAAUUCAUUCGUCACGUAUCAUCUUGGUGA